AUGCUCUACCAAAAGCUCGCCGUCAUCGCCGCCAUUACGGCUGCCGCUGCUGCUCAGGAUGUUAGCCAAGACGAUAUCCCAUCGCAGUGCACUGCCAUUUGCGCCGAAGUAGUCACAAUCUCCACGCAAUGUGACCAACAGAAUGAGAACGAUACCGCGGAACUCCAAUGUGUCUGCAACGCCACAAACGCCAACACUCUGAUUCCCGCCUGCGAAGCUUGUGUAGCCCAAUUCGAUGUUGAUAACGAUGACGACGACAACGUCAGAGACAAUGAUGUCUAUGAAGUCCUCACCCGCUGCAACUUCAGCACUACAACCUAUAACGCCGCUUCGGCCAGCUCACUUGCCUCAUCCAUUGCCACGUCUAUGAACUCUGCCGCUUCAGCCUCCAGCUCUGCAUCUGGCGCUGUUAUCACGUCGACCUCGGGUACUGUUCUCGUCACUGCUUCUGUUACUCCCGCAUCCACUGCUGCGCAGGGAGCGGGUAACGCUGCGCCAGCGCCCACGGCUGCUGCUGCAAUUGGUCUUGGAGCGCUGGGCCUCGCGUUCGGUAUGUUGUAG